AUGUUAUUGAAGAACAAAAUAAUUGAAUCAGAAUCCGAAAAUGAUAAAGUUAUACAAGAUUUAUCCAACAAAAAUAAAACACCACAACAAGUUGCAGAUACUGAAACACCCAAGAAACAACACAGUGAUGCAACGGCUUCACCAAAUGAAACAUCAACAAAACCACCAAAAUCAACGAAUGAUAUAUCAACGAAACUUCAAUCUAAAACAAAUACAACAUCAGCAAAACCGUCGCAUAAACCAAAAGCAAUAACAAAAACAAUCAUGAGAAAUCGUUCCCCAAACUACUCAAUAGAUCCAAAUCUAUAUUCUAUAACCUAUGAUGAUUAA